ACCACUCUGCCCAAAGCCAUGGCCAAUGCCCUCUGGGACACCAGGGCCAUCUCCUAUCAAGGCUGUGCUGCACAGGUCUUUCUGUUUGUCUUCUUGAUUGCAUCAGAAUUUUAUGUUCUCACCAUCAUGGCCUAUGACCGCUACGUUGCCAUCUGCAAGCCCCUGCACUACGGGAGCCUCCUGGGCAGCAGAGCUUGUGUCCAGAUGGCAGCAGCUGCCUGGGGCAGUGGCUUUCUGUACAGUGUCCUGCACACAGCCAACACAUUUUCCCUGCCCCUCUGCCGAGGCAAUGUUUUGGACCAGUUCUUCUGUGAAAUCCCCCACAUCCUCAGGCUCUCCUGCUCAGAUGCCUACCUCAGGGAAGUUUUGUCUCUUGUGUUUAGUGUUUUUUUAGGCUUUGGUUGUUUUGUUUUCAUUGUGGUGUCCUAUGUGCAGAUCUUCAGGGCAGUGCUGAGGAUGCCCUCUGAGCAGGGCCGGCACAAAGCCUUUUCCAUGUGCCUUCCACACCUGGCUGUGGUCUCCCUGAUGUUUUGCACUGGCAUGUUUGCCUACCUGAAGCCCCCCUCUGUCUUCUCCCCAUCCGUGGACCUGGUGGUGGCAUUUCUGUAUUCAGUGGUACCUCCAGCACUGAACCCCCUCAUCUACGGCAUGAGAAACAAGGACCUAAAUUAUGGAGUGAGGAGACUGCUCCUAUACAUGCUUCUUAAACAUCAAUAA